GGUUCCUAUCACUGACUAAUCACCACACUACAGCCAUAGUUGCUGGGAAACAGUUUGAAAAGUUAUAGUUAGCAAUUUUAAAUAGCUAUUAUUUAACAGUAAUGCCAUAAGUAUAUAGUGCUGGAUCAGCCACUGUGAAAAUCAACCUGGUGGCUAUAGCAGCCGAAAGCUAAAUAAACAAUUGUGACAAUCUCACGGGGCUCUAGUCCAUUGUUACUUUAGACGGACGCCAACUCAACACAAUAAAAAGGCGUGAACCCCACUUCAUUUCAUUGUUGCUUGAUAAACCAAAUGAUCCGAUAUCCAAGAAGUAUCAAAGCAGUCGAACAUGUCUACUCCAACGCAAGCUACGGAUGCAACGGAAAACGACAAAAAUCGCCCCAUGGUCACAUCCAUUGUCUCGGUAUUCUCAGGUGGUGGGGAAAAGUCAUCGUUCUCUAUCAUUCCGACAACCAAUCAGAUGAAAUUGGAUGAUUCGUUGAUAUUGUGCGAACAACUGAGGAAACCUUCUUCUGAGGAAUCAGUUGUGAUCCAAGGACUCCAAAGCACGGACUUGCAGACAACAGACCCGAUGUCAACAUUUGAGGCUCGGUCAGUGAUAGAGAUGGGGUAUUCCAAGACAGCUGUUCAACUGGCCAUUCAUGAGUACAAUGGAAAAAAUCCAACAAAGGGAGCCCUGAGUUUCAGUGCUGCUGAUCUGGUCCAGAUCUUGGUUGGUCGUCAGGAGCGCGGGGAGGAAAUACCACAGGACCUGCCAUCUGAGGAGCUAGGUGCCACAGGCAGUUCUCAACAGGCAGCAGCUGCAGACCCAAUGUCCACAUCUGAGGUCCAGUCAGUGAUUGAGAUGGGGUAUUCCAGGACAGCUGUUCAGCUAGCCAUACAUGAGUACAAUAGAAAGAAUCCAACAAAUGGAGCCCUGAGUUUCAGUGCUGCUGAUCUGGUCCAGAUCUUGGUUGGCCGCCAGGAGCGCGGGGAGGAAAUACCACAGGAUCUCCCGUCUGAGGAGCUAGGUGCCACAGGCAGUUCACAGCUGGCUGCAGUCGCAGGUGCUGGGCUCAUGGACACACAGAAAUGUAAAAAAUGCCAUAUAAAUGAUAGUUGUAUGCAGGUUCUGCCUUGUAACCACUGUUGUCUAUGUGUAAAGUGUGCACACAAGGCAAGUCACUGCCCCAUGUGUCGUCGUAGAGUGGAAUUAAGAUUCAGAUCAUACAACAUGUCAACUUGAUCUAACGAAAAGGACAAUCAAGCAAACUAGAAAAUCAUUUAUAUCAUGGCCUGUAUUAAAGUACAACAUAAUACCAGACUUACUGCACAAUAUGUUUUGUUUUAUUUCUUUUUAUGUCCCCCACUAUAGUAGUGGGGGACAUAUUGUUUUUGCCCUGUCUGUUGGUCCGUUGGUCUGUUGGUGUGUUUGCGCCAACUUUAACAUUUUGCAAUGACUUUUGCUAUAUUGAAGAUAGCAACUUCAUAUUUGGCAUGCAUGUGUAUCUCAUGAAGCUGCACAUUUUAAGUGGUGAAAGGUUAAGGUCGAGGUCAUCCUUCAAGGUCAGAGAUCAAAUAUAUGUGGCCAAAAUCACUCAUUUUAUGAAUACUUUUGCAAUAUUGAAGAUAGCAACUUGAUAUUUGGCAUGCAUGUGUAUCUCAUGGAGCUGCACAUUUUUAGUGGUGAAAGGUCAAGGUCAAGGUCAUCCUUCAAGGUCAGAGGUCAAAUAUAUGUGGCUCAAAUCGCUUAUUUUAUAAAUACUUUUGCAAUAUUGAAGAUAGCAACUUGAUAUUUGGCAUGCAUGUGCAUCUCAUGGAGCUGCACAUUUUGAGUGGUGAAAGGUCAUGGUCAAGGUCAUCCUUCAAGGUCAGAGGUCAAAUAUAUGUGGCCCAAAUCGCUUAUUUUAUGAAUACUUUUGCAAUAUUGAAGAUAGCAACUUGAUAUUUGGCAUGCAUGUGUAUCUCAUAGAGCUGCAAAUUUUGAGUGGUGAAAGGUCAAGGUCAUCCUUCACAAGGUCAAGGUCAUCCUUCAAGGUCAAACAUCAUAUAGGGGGACAUUGUGUUUCACAAACACAUCUUGUUUUGUCACAUGUUUUCAUUGAAAAACUACGAUUACAACAAAAUCACAAUCACUGUUCAGUAUAUCGUUUGCACUUAUUUAUGAAUGGUGAUAUAUAACAUGUUCUCGAGGCUUAGGCAACUUGUGCUAUAAGUUGAAUGUAAAAACUUAUCACAUUUUCUAUGUAUAUUAAAUAACGGUAUUUACAAUUAACAUUAUGAUUCUAUAAUUAAAUGACUAUGGAUCAGUCAUAUAUUUUUAGCUCACCUGAGCACAAUGUGCUAAUGGUUAGCUUUUGUGAUCGCCUUUUGUGCGUCAGGCGGCGUCAUCAUUUGCCUUGUUAACACUCUGAAGGCACAUUUAUUGUCCGAUCUUCAUGAAAUUUGGUCUCAGGUUUGGUCCUAAUGAUAUCUUGGACGAGUUUGAAAAUGGUUCCAUGUGGUUGAAAAACAUGAACGCAAGAGGGCAGGGCAUUUUUCCUUUAGUAAAACCUUGUUAACACUCUAAAGGCUGCAUUUAUUGUCUGAACAUCAUGAAAUUUGGUCAGAAGAUUCAUCCUAAUGAUAUCUUGGAUGAAUUUGAAAAUGGUUCCAGUUGGUUGAAAAACAUGGCCACUAGGGGGCAGGACAAAUUUUUCUUAUAUGUCUUGAUAUGGCUAUAGUAAAACCUUGCUAGCACUCUCGAGGCCAUAUUUAUUUUACGAUCUUCAUAAAACUUGGUCAGAAGAUUUGUCCUAGUAAUAUCUUUGACGAGUAUAAAAAUGGUUUGGGUUGGUUGAAAAACAUGACUGCCAGGGGGUGGGGCAUUUUUUAUUAUAUGGCUAUAGUAAAACCUUGUUAACACUCUAUAGUGGGCACAUUUAUGUCCGAUCAUAAUGAAACUUGGUCAGAAGAUUUGUCCCAAUAAUAUCUUGUUCGAGUUCGAGAAUGGUUUCAAUUGGUUGUAAAAAAUGGCCACCAGUUGGCGGGGUAUUUUUCCAUAUAAAUUUAUAUAUGGCUAUUAAGUAAAACCUUGCUAUUAAGUAAAACACUCAAGAGGCCACAUUUAUUGUCCGAUCUUCAAAAAGAUUUGUCCCUAUAAUAUCUUGGACAAGUUUAAAAAUGGUUCUGGUUGCUUGAAAAGCUUGGCUUCCAGGGGGCGGGGCAUUUUCCCUUAUAUGGCUAUAGUAAAAACUUGUUAGCACACCCAGUAUCGAUUAUAGUCCAAUCUUCAUGAAACUUGCUGAGUACAUUUGUUCUAUUGAUAUCUUGGAUGAGUUCAAAAAUGGUUAUGGUCUGUUGAAAAACAUGACUGCCAGUGGGCGGGGCAUUUUUCCUAAUAUGACUAUAGUAAAGAAUUGUUGACACUCUAAAAGUCUCAUUUAUAGUCCAAUCUUCUUGAAACUUGGUAAGACAAAUUAUCCAAUUAUAUCUAUUAAAAAUAUAUAGUACAUUUUUAAAACAAAACAUUGUUGCUGUUUUUUUCCUUUCUAAAGAAGAUUAGGAUGAUGAUGAUUAUGAUGCUUGGUUGGUGAUUAACAGCAAAAAAACUGUUUUUUGCUAUCUGAAUAUUCUUUGUUUAAUAUUCUCGAAGUUUAAUGAAGUAAUAUUUAUUUGGCAUAAAAUUACUUAGGUGAGAAAAAACUGUUCAUAGUUGGAAUUGUUCGACCUCCAAUCAUGAACGCACACUUCAUUCCUCCAAUUGACCCUCAUCAGCCACCUAUAGAGCAGCACGAAUCAAUACACAUCUCUUAGUGAACCUUGUUGUUCUCUUUUUAGAUCAGCAACUUGUUACCUUGUUGUUCUAUUUUAAGAUCAGCAAAAUAUGACAGUGUUUGUAUUGUUCUGGUGCAGUAGUAUUUAUUGAUGCCUUUUGUCAUGGUCAUGUGAAGAUUGUGUAACAUGCCCCAGCUGCAUCAACGACCUUUGAUGUCUGGCUCCAUAGAUAAGAGCAGAUAUUAUUUAGGAGGCAAACAAUUUAUUUAUGAGGUCUGCAUUUUUUGUGUGAUCAUCAAAGAUUUGUGUUUUAAAUGGGAUUAAUUGAUUUUCUAAUUGAAAAUUAUAACAAUUGCAAGGAGAGUCUGAAAAAAGUGAAUUUAAUUGUUUAAAAACAAGGCUCUCAGGGGUGGCAGUUUUAUUUCCCAUGUUUAGUUCAAUCUUAAUGACACUUGCUGAGUACACACGUUUUUAUCAUAUCUUGAUUUAGUUUAUUCAAUUAUUUUUUAUAACAUCAUCCUCAAACAAGGUGAUACUUUUAAUGAGCAAAAUUUUUCUUGCUCAUGGUGAACUUUUGUGAUCACCUUUUGUCCAUUGUCUGUCGUCCGUUGCAUGCCAUGAAUAUUUUCCAUGUUAACACUGUAGAGGCCACAUUUAUUGUCAGAUCUAAAUGACACUCGAUCAGAACAUUUGUCCAAUUGAUAUUCAGCUGAGUUCGAAAAUGGUUCCUGUCUGUUGAAAAACAGGAAGUGGGGCAUUUUUCUUAAUAUGGCUUUAGUAAAAACUUGUUGACAUUCUAAAAGUCACAUUUGUUGUCCAAUCUUCAGGAACUUGGUCAGAACAUUUGUUUUAAUUAUAUCUUGGAUGAGUUCGAAAAUGGUUCUGGUCUGUUGACAAACAUGGUCGCCAGGGGGCCAUUUAUAGUACACUCUUAAUGCAACUUGGUUUGAACUUUUGUUCUAAUGAUAUCUUGGGCUGCAUAAAACAAGACAGUUUAUUGGUAUCUUAGGUGAGUGAUUUUGGGCCUUUUAGGCCCUCCUGUUAAUCAUUUAGGUAUGAUGACGUGAAGCUUAUUUAUAAUAUUUUCUGAUAAGUGAACAUGCUUACAGUUUUGAUUUUUAACUGCAUUGUAUUUGGAAAUUGUUCCGUCAAUUUGGUUAAUUUACGUUUUGACGUCCUCCGAUUAUUAGAAUUCUGCUUUUUCUGGCUGCAACUAACAAUACACAGGUAUUGAUUUGUUUGUCAAGGCUUCUAUCACAUCUGGCUGGAAUAGGUAAAUCCUUUUAAAAUGCUUCUUGACCAAGAAAUUAUUUUCAUAUGCCAGAAAUUUCUAUUACAAAAGUUUUUAAGAAACACAUUUUUUAAAUGUUUUUUUCACAGCAAAUACUGGUCAUAUGCAUAUACAAUCAAUGUAUGGGGAACUUCAUUGCAAUGAAGAUAUAUACAACAGGUCUUUAACUUUUAUUUCAAAGUUAUGAGGCUUUAAAUGUCUAUCCUGUAUAAUGUAUUUUUCUGUGCAAAUUCUAUAUGGAAUUUAAUGAUACUAAAUUUAUAUAAAAAAUACUAGAAUGAUGUAUUUUUAGCUCACCUGAGCACAACGUGCUCAUGGUGAGCUUUUGUGAUCGCUUUUUGUCCGUCGUCCAUUGUCCGUUGUGCGGCGUCAACAUUUGCCUUGUUAACUCUCUAGAGUCCACAUUUAUUGUCCAAUCUUCAUGACAUUUGGUCAGAAUAUUGGUUUCAAUGAUAUCUUGGAUGAGUUCGAAAAUGGUUACGUUUGCUUGAAAAACAUGGCUGCCAAGGGGCGGGGCAUUUUUCCUUAUAUGGCUAUAGUAAAAUCUUGUGAACACUCUAGAGGCCACAGUUAUUGUCUGAUCUUCAUAAAACUUGGUCAGAAGAUUCAUCCCAAUAAUAUCUUGGACAAGAACGAAAAUGAUGCCGGUUCGUUGAAAAACAUGGCCGCCAGGGGGCGGGGCAUUUUUCCUUAAAUGGCUUUAGUAAAACCUUGUUAACACUCUAGAGGCCACAUUUAUUUUCAGAUCUUCAUGAAACUUUGUCAGAAGAUUUGUCCCACUGAUAUCUUGAAUGAGUUAAAAAAUGGUAACCUUUACUUGAAACAUUUUUCCUUAUAUGGCUAUAGUAAAACCUUGUUAACACUCUAGAGGUCACAUUUAUUGUCCAAUCUUGAUGAAAUAUGGUCAGAAGAUUUUUCUUAAUGAUAUCUUGGAUGAGUUCGAAAAUAGUUACGUUUGCUUGAAAAACAUGGCCGCCAAGGGGCGGGGCAUUUUUCCUUAUAUGGCUAUAUAAGGCUAUAGUAAAAUCUUGUUAACACUCUAGAGGCCACAUGUAUAGUCCGAACUUCAUGAAACCUGGUCAGAAGAUUCAUCCCAGUAAUAUCUUGGACGAGUUCAAAAAUGAUGCCGGUUGGUUGAAAAACAUGGCCACCACGGGGGGCGGGGCUAUUUUCCUUAUAUGGCUUUAGUAAAACCUUGUUAACACUCUAGAGAUCACAUUUAUUUUCCGAUCAUCAUGAAACUUGGUCAGAAGAUUUGUCCCAAUGAUAUCUUGGAUGAGUUCGAAAAUGGUUUUGGUUGCUUUAAAAACAUGGCCACCAGGGGUGGGGCAUUUUUCCUUAUUUGGCUAUAUAUGGCUAUAGUAAAACCCUUGUUAACACUCUAGAGGCCACAUUUAUUGUCCAAUCUUCAUGACAUUUGGUCAGAAGAUUGGUCUCAAUGAUAUCUUGGAUGAGUUUGAAAAUAAUUAUGUUUGCUUGAAUUAAAAUGGCUUCCAAGGGGCAGGGCAUUUUUCCUUAUAUGGCUAUAGUAAAAUCUUGUUAACACUCUAGAGGCCACAUUUACUGUCCGAUCUUUAUGAAACUUGGUCAGAAGAUUCAUCCUGAUAAUAUCUUGGAAAAGUUUUAAAAUGAUGCCGGUUUGUUGAAAAACAUGGCUGCCAGGGGGCGGGGCAUUUUUCCUUAUAUGGCUUUAGUAAAACCUUGUUAACACUCUCGAGGCCACAUUUAUUUUCCGAUCUUCGUGAAACUUGGUCAGAAGAUUUGUCCCAAUAAUAUCUUGUUAUCUCAGGUGAGGGACUUUGGGCCUUUCAGGCCCUCUUGCUUAAUUGUUUGUAAAGUAAUAUACUAAAAUAAAUAUAAUUGACAUGCACAUAUACAUGUAUUGCACUUUUAGUUGCAUGUUCCUAUACAUGUUUGAUUAGAUUAGCUUCUUUACUUUUAGUCAUUUAUUAUAUUUUUGCUUCAAUCAUUUUAAUUAAAUUGCUUUACAAACUCAUUGCAAAACAAUUUUACAAAUAUCCUUGUUUGCUUUGUGCAUGUUUUUAGAACUUUUUGUUUUUAACCUUAACAUAUCAUGUGUAUGUGUUACUGUUGAUAGUUUAUCAAUCUGCUCCACUUGUUAUUAUUUUUACACACAAAAAUAUAUUUUUUACUCUUUAAUUCAUGGAAAGUUUAAAUUUUUUGCAAUCAACAAAUUUAGAUGAUUAAAUUUGGGGAAUAAAAAAGGUUGUUUCUUAGGUUUGUGUUUAUUUUGCAAGUCUAUUUUUGAUCAGAUUUAAUAUAUAUUAGCUUUUUUUCUAAAUUUACAGGAAAAUUGGUGUAUAUACAUUAUGUGUUACAUAAUGUGUUUGUAUCUAAUAAGGUCAUGUUUGUGUAAAUAUUAGUCAAUUAAAUGCAAUAUUUAGACAGAUAUAAUGGAUACAGCAGUUUUAACCUCCACCUUUCAAUGAUUUGAAUCUGAUUAUGUUUUAUAAAGUUUAUCUUAUCAAUACAUAACAAGUUAAAAUUGUAUUUAUAAAUUCAUAUAAAUCAAAUUAGGCAUACAAAAUAUUGUGAUAUGUUUUAUCUAUUUAAAUGUAUGUCUGGUUAGCGUUGUGUGAAAGUAUAAAUAUUUGCAUGCAUCCUUGUAUUUGUUAAUAUAGUUCAUAAUUGGAUUGAAUACAAUGACUACAAUUAAUAAAUAUAAUUCCAAUUAUUGAUUUGUGUACAUAUUGUAUGCUGUUAUCCUUUUUUUAUCAAUGUCAUUGUUAAUCAUAUUCAGAAGUAUGCUUUGCAUUGUAUUGUAUCAUGCUUUUGUUGGAACCAGUUUGUAUGUAGCUUUAACCCAGUUGGUUGGAAUAGCAUGAUUGUAAUAUUUUGUUACUUUAGACUUAAAGUGAAAGCAGCAGUUGUUCCUUAAAUUAACAUGAAUCAGCUUUACUAUAUAUUUUUUGUUUUAUGCAUACUUUGUUUAAACAUAUUUGUAUUGCCACAUAAAAUUCAUUGUACUCUAUUCUAAUUGGUUUAAAAUAAGAUUUAACUUUCAGUCUCAGCUUUAGUAACAAUCAAAGUCGCACAGAAGCCACCAAAAUUAUCUUGUUGAUCAUUUGAAUCAGUAGUGCCAACAAUCAUAAUGUACAACUAAAAGUAUGGAUGGUAAAAAAAAUUCUAGUGGUAACAUACCAACUUUUUUUAAGAGAAAUAUUUACAUUUUUUUUAAACAUCUUUAAUAAAACUAUAUUUAUUAAGAUUAUUUUACAGAUCACUAACAGACCUUUUCUGUUUUAUUGUUUAAAGGUUUUUUCUGUGUUAUUGUUGAAGGUCUUGUCUGUUUUUUAUUUUAAUAUUUAGAUUAGUAACAUAGACUUGUUAUUAAUUAACACCCCCAACAAAACAGUUAUAUUAUUAUGCCCCCCUUCGAAGAAGAGGGGGUAUAUUGCUUUGCUCAUGUCGGUCUGUCGGUCUGUCCGUCCACCAGGUGGUUGACAGACGAUAACUCAAGAACGCCUAGGCCUAGGAUCAUGAAACUUCAUAGGUACAUUGAUCAUGACUCACAGAUGACCCCUAUUGAUUUUUAGGUCACUAGGUCAAAGGUCAAGGUCACUGUGACCCGAAAUAGUAAAAUGGUUUCCGGAUGAUAAUUCAAGAACGCUUAUGCCUAGGAUCAUGAAACUUCAUAGGUAGAUUGAUCAUGACUAGCAGAUGACCCCUAUUGAUUUUCAGGUCACUAGGUCAAAGGUCAAGGUCACGGUGACCCGAAAUAGUAAAAUGGUUUCCGGAUGAUAAUUCAAGAACCUUAUGCCUAGGAUCAUGAAACUUGAUAGGUAGAUUGAUCAUGACUAGCAGAUGACCCCUAUUGAUUUUCAGGUCACUAGGUCAAAGGUCAAGGUCACGGUGACCCGAAAUAGUAAAAUGGUUUCCGGAUGAUAACUCAAGAACGCUUAUGCUUAUAAGGAUCAUGAAACUUGAUAGGUACAUUGAUCAUGACUGGCAGAUGACCCCUAUUGAUUUUCAGGUCACUAGGUCAAAGGUCAAGGUCACAGUGACCCGAAAUAGUAAAAUGGUUUCCUGAUGAUAACUCAGGAAAGCUUAUGGCUAGGAUCAUGAAACUUCAUAGGUACAUUGCCCGUACGAAAUAAUGGGGCGGAUUCCGGGAGUAAUUGGGGCAGAAUUGACACGUAAUGUUGGAAUUACGCCCGUACAACGUGCGGAAUGAGUUUUACGCCCGGAACUAAAAUUAUUUCUGGGCGUAAUUCAACUGUUUUUUCCGGGCGUAAAACAAAUCCGGGCGUAUUUUUAUACUUAGAAUUUGUAUGAUGGAGAUUUGUGGACGGAAUUUUGCACUUUGUUUCUUUGGUGGGGCAGAAUUUCAUACUUAUAAAAUAUUUGUGAAGCCACAUGACGGAAUUUUGAACUUAGUAGUUUUUACAGAGAGUAAUAUUGGACUUAGCAAAUUUCUAUGAAGCUGAACAAUAACUAUGAAGCUGAACAAUAACUUAAUAAAUUUAAUUUAAACCAAAGUACUGAACAAAAUAUUACCAGUAACUGAUAACUUAAAUAAAAAUAUUUAAUUUUAUUUAUACAUUUGUACAAUCAAUGAACAUUCAUUAUAGACACAACUAUUUCAGUCACAGUAAAAUUAAUUCAGCAUAAAGCUUUGAUCUAAUUUAUGAUUUUCAUGUUCAGAUUCUAAAACAUAUUUUGUAGUAUUUUUAUACUUUAUUUGUGAGAAGCUGAACAGGAGAUAGACUUGUGAGCUUGUGAUCAUAAAUUAUACUCUUAGAUUUGCAUUAUUAUUGGCAAUAUUGCUGGUAAAAAAAAAUAUUAGGAGGUAACAAUAACACAUUUUAAUUAAACAUAUUUUAUCUAUUGCUGACUUUUACAGUUUCAACUUAUAAUUUUAAGUCUGAGGGAUGACCAUGCAUUAAAAA